ACCUUCCUGGUGUGGAUCAACGAGGAGGACCACCUGCGGGUCAUCUCCAUGCAGAAGGGGGGGAACAUGAAGGAGGUCUUCACCCGUUUCUGCACUGGCCUCACCCAGAUCGAGACACUCUUCAAGUCCAAAAACUACGAGUUCAUGUGGAAUCCUCACCUUGGCUACGUGCUCACUUGCCCGUCCAACCUGGGCACCGGGCUUCGGGCUGGAGUGCAUAUUAAGCUACCCCACCUGGGCAAGCACGAGAAGUUCUCCGAGGUGCUCAAGCGGCUGCGGCUGCAGAAGCGGGGCACAGGCGGUGUGGACACGGCUGCCGUGGGCGGGGUCUUUGACGUCUCCAAUGCCGACCGGCUGGGCUUCUCAGAGGUGGAGCUGGUGCAGAUGGUGGUGGACGGCGUGAAGCUGCUCAUCGACAUGGAGCAGCGGCUGGAACAGGGCCAGCCCAUCGACGACCUGAUGCCCGCCCAGAAGUGAGCCGCUGCCACUUAUUGGGGGGCUUGCAUCCCUGCCGCGCUGGUGGCCCAGCCCUUAGCCCUGCCCUAGACUCCUGUGUGGCCUGUUGUAGAGUUUAUUUUUGGAUGGCUAAGGUGUCGCUGAUGCUGAAAUAAACUAGGGUUUUGGCCUG